CCGGUCUCUGGUUCAAUCCUCCUCACGGUUCUGUGACGGGUUGGGCUCAAAAUUUUAUUGUUUUUUACAGGUGAUCUUCAAUCAUUGCUUAAUACAAUGGUUUACGUGCCUGUUGAAAAACCGCCACAGCCACAAAGGAAGCGUAGAGCGACUGAAGCUGCUGUUGCAGGCAUGGAGCAGGAAGACUUUGAUGAUGUUCCGAUGGAGACUCCUAAAACUCGCAAAAAACGGCGUACAACUCACGGGACUAGGCCAUCUUUACUUGAUCUUAGCGAUCCUCGCUCUUAUGUUGACCAACAAGUACAUCCUCGUCGAGAGGCAAACGAAUUACAAGAAUUGGACGAAGCUUUUAUGGAUACUGCUGCUGGAGAAGCAUUACCACCUCUUGAUUUUGCUGUAACUGAUGAACAAACUGAAGGGCAUGCUCAACGAAAAGUUUCAGUUGCGUCAUUAUUACAGGACAGAGAAGACAGUUUCCGGGAGAUGGAAAGGGCUUUGGGCAUUGAACCAAUUGAGAGAGCGGAAGAGGAAAUUAACGUUACUAAUGGGCAUGUGGAGCAACGACGUUCUGAAGGAGGACUUCCAUCACGAGAAACUUUAGAGGAUUUGGGGCCAGAAAUGCCUUUGGACGAAACUCGUGAGCCAAUUUAUCGUCAAAGCUUUGAUCAGGCUGAAGAUGCUUCAUUCUUACAGAAUUUUGAUGAACUGCGACUUGAAUUACCUAACUUGGAUUUGGAUAUGCCACCUCCUCGAGGUGUGCCUCACCGUAGACGUCGCCAAGUUGGUUUAUUGGUUGAUGAGCAGACCCAGUUGACUGAUGAAGAAAUUCAAGACCAAAUUCUGAAUAUUAGAGGUGUUGUAAGAAACAAUCGAGAUUUUGAGAACGAAUUUAAUCGUGAUUUGCGAUCACCACUUGCUCAACUUAUGGAACCUUUUCAAAGUGAUUUUCUUCCAAAUGAGGAGUUUCGUCCUUUGUUUGCACGUAUUGAACAUUACUCAAAAAGAUAUUUUGAAAGGCCAUUAACUUUCGAGGAAGCACAGCUUCUUACUUAUGAGCAACUUCAACAACGUCGUUUUGAGGUGGAUGUGGAUUCAUUUCGAGUUAGUGAGCCUACACCUGAAGGCUCUGUUAUACAACAGAAUGGACAUCCUCCUGUGAAAGUUUCGGUUGCUUCUCUUGUGCUUCCUCCUGAAGAAUUACUUGAAGAAUUAGAUGAUCAGGAAAGACGAUUUUCUACGCCAUCUGCUAUAGAGAUUGGACGUCGAGCGGCUCGAGAGACAAUUAAUGAUCUUGCACCUCUCAACGAUUCUAUACAAGAACCGCAGCAUUCAUUGGAUGCAAGUAGUGAUCGGCCAUUAGAUGAUGAUAUUCCUUUGCGUCGUGAAUCUAUAUUUACUAAUACUAAAACAUCGCCGGAUGUGCCUGAAGAGGAUUGGCUUGAUGCGGAAAUGAAUCAACUUUAUGAAGUCAUUGUGGAGAAAGUAGAGAGUCAAAACGUUGUUUGUUUUCCUCAAGCGGCAAAAGUAAAUGAACUUGGGAAAGGAGAAAUUGGUCGAAAACGUGCAGCUCGUAAAUUCUUUACUUUAUUGAAAUUGUUAAAACAUCGAAAAGUCAAGGUUCGUCAGCGUGAGCCUUAUGGCUUAAUCUUAAUUCGUUUGGUUAGACAGCAGCCGGGAGAUUUGGAUGUUUCGAUGGCGUCAAUGUAA